UGAACGGGCUCCAGGCUCGGACCUUCGGCGUCUGGACGCUGCUGUCAUCGGUGAUCCGCUGUCUCUGCGCCAUCGACAUCCGCAAUAGAACGCCAGAUAACGCCUGUGACUUUCAGUGCACCAUUGAACACACUGCUCCGUUGUCCUCUCAGUUGUUGCCCAGGGAGCUUUUGCGCCUUGCCAGCCUCUAUUACAUCACGCUCUUCACCUUCUUUUUGGCCCUCGUUCACUUCCUCUCUGAGGUCUACAUUUACCACACUGCAGCCUUGACAAUUGGAGUUAUGGCACCCCUCAUGGUAGCAAGUUUCUCCAUCCUGGGGAUGUUGAUUGGGCUGCAGUACCUGGAGGUAGAAGCACUGUCACAAAACAAGAAGAAAAACUGA